CUGUGGGUAGGCGGCGGCUGCGGCGGCCGCCCUGAGAAGCCCGCGGCGGCGGCGGCGGCGGCGGCGGCUGCGAAGGAGCGAGGUUACGCUCUCCGAACAUGGCUGAGAAGCAGAAGCACGACGGGCGGGUGAAGAUCGGACACUACGUGUUGGGGGACACGCUGGGCGUCGGCACCUUCGGCAAAGUGAAGAUUGGAGAACAUCAACUGACGGGCCAUAAAGUGGCAGUUAAAAUUUUAAACAGACAGAAGAUUCGCAGCUUAGAUGUUGUUGGAAAAAUAAAACGAGAAAUUCAAAAUCUGAAACUGUUUCGUCAUCCUCAUAUUAUCAAACUAUACCAGGUAAUCAGCACUCCAACAGAUUUUUUUAUGGUAAUGGAAUAUGUGUCUGGUGGUGAAUUAUUUGACUACAUCUGUAAACACGGACGGGUUGAAGAGGUGGAAGCCAGGCGGCUCUUUCAGCAGAUUCUGUCUGCCGUGGACUACUGCCACAGGCAUAUGGUCGUUCACCGAGACCUGAAACCAGAGAACGUGCUGUUGGAUGCACAGAUGAAUGCCAAGAUAGCUGAUUUCGGAUUAUCUAAUAUGAUGUCAGAUGGUGAAUUUCUGCGAACUAGUUGUGGAUCUCCAAAUUAUGCAGCACCUGAAGUCAUCUCGGGCAGAUUGUACGCAGGCCCUGAAGUUGAUAUCUGGAGCUGUGGGGUUAUUCUGUACGCGCUUCUCUGUGGCACCCUCCCAUUUGAUGAUGAGCACGUACCUACGUUAUUUAAGAAGAUCCGAGGGGGUGUUUUUUAUAUCCCAGAAUAUCUCAACCGUUCCGUUGCCACUCUCCUGAUGCAUAUGCUGCAGGUUGACCCUCUGAAACGAGCAACUAUCAAAGACAUAAGAGAGCAUGAAUGGUUUAAACAAGAUUUGCCCAAUUACUUAUUUCCUGAAGACCCCUCCUAUGAUGCUAACGUCAUUGAUGAUGAGGCUGUGAAAGAAGUGUGUGAAAAAUUUGAGUGUACAGAAUCAGAAGUAAUGAACAGUUUAUAUAGUGGUGACCCUCAAGACCAGCUUGCAGUGGCCUAUCAUCUUAUCAUUGACAAUCGGAGAAUAAUGAACCAAGCCAGUGAGUUCUACCUCGCCUCUAGUCCCCCAACUGGUUCUUUUAUGGAUGAUAGUGCCAUGCAUAUUCCCCCAGGCCUGAAACCUCAUCCAGAAAGGAUGCCACCUCUUAUAGCAGACAGCCCUAAAGCAAGAUGCCCACUGGAUGCGCUGAAUACAACUAAGCCCAAAUCAUUAGCUGUGAAGAAAGCCAAGUGGCAUCUGGGAAUCCGAAGUCAAAGCAAACCAUAUGACAUUAUGGCUGAAGUUUAUCGAGCUAUGAAGCAGCUGGAUUUUGAAUGGAAGGUAGUAAAUGCAUACCAUCUACGUGUAAGAAGAAGAAAUCCAGUGACUGGCAAUUAUGUGAAAAUGAGCUUACAGCUGUACCUGGUGGACAACAGAAGCUAUCUUUUGGACUUUAAAAGCAUUGAUGAUGAGGUGGUGGAACAGAGGUCUGGUUCCUCAACACCUCAGCGGUCCUGCUCUGCGGCUGGCUUACACAGACCGAGGUCAAGUUUGGAUUCUGUGACUGCAGAGAGCCACUCCCUCUCUGGCUCUCUCACGGGCUCCUUGACGGCAAGCACACUGUCUUCAGUUCCACCCCGCCUGGGCAGUCACACCAUGGAUUUUUUUGAAAUGUGUGCCAGUCUGAUCACUACUUUAGCCCGCUGACAACGUUUUCCUAGUUUCUGUCUUUCUGUUACUGCACUGUGAAAAUCACAUGUAUUCUUUAAAUUAUUGUUAUCACAUACCCUGCAGUACCGGUUGAGAGACGUGACUAUCUCCAGGGGACAUUCAGUUGAAACUACUGAAAACAAAAAAGUGUGACAUUUUAUUUACUGUAGACCUGUAAUUCUAUUUUGCCUAUGAUAAAUUCACACAGGCAGUCUCUUUAAUAGGUGAAUAUCAAUGAAAAUUAUUGUUAAUCUCAAAUUGUGGAUUCGCUACAGAUGAUUAAUACACCAUCUCAUUCAGAGGGCCGUUUGGCAACACCUUCUCGCUUUCCUGUUUCAUGUAGGUAAAUCCAGUUUGCUUCCUAAAUUUCAGCAGGCUUUAGGCCGUGUUUAUGCAUAAGAUUAAAAAAUAACACAGCCAUUAGUAAGGUAGUAUUUAAAUGUUGAAAGCUUAAGAGCCAGCCCCCUAAAUUUCAGAAACCCAAGUUCUUCUAGCAGUUUUUACAAAGAUUGCCCCGUGUUCAGCAGAAGGGCUGUGGUCCUGAAACAGGUAACCAUGAUUUCCAGGUUCCUUAAAAACAGCUGUGGCCAACUAGAGAUUUUUAUUUUGAGAUUUCCCUGAAUAACAUAUUUAAGAGCCUUCAAGGUUUUACUCAGUGCUGGAACAUCGGACAUUGCAGCAACUUUUGUCUUUUUCAUAAACUUAAAUCAUUUUACAGCUACCUUCAGAAGCUACCGUUUUCAAAUUCUUUUUAGCUCUAUUUAUUUUUGUACUUCACCAAGCUUGAUAAAAUAGUUAAAUGAAACAAAGCAAAAUGUCGACAGUCCCUUAAAAGAAACUCUUAUCUUUGAUCUCUUAUUGUGUGUUGUAGUGAGGGGUGGGGGGAGUAUGUAUGUGUGUCUGUCUGUCUGUCUGUCUGUGUGUCCCCGUCUGUCCGGUUGUAUUCCACAAUGCUAAUUUUUCAUCCAGAGUUUGUUUUUGCUGUCACACCCCUCCCUUACCUUCCCUAGUCACCUUUGUCUUUGUUUAUUGUUUGAUCCUUAGUGACUAAUUGACUUAGCUUUGAAAUCUUUUCUCGUUCUCUUUCUUUGCUCUAUAUCUUGGUUGUUAGCCAUCCAAUUUGAAAACAUUAUUCUGGCCCUAAGGGCUUUUGUGUACUUCCAAAGCUUGGUAGGCUGUGACCUUCACUGUUGAACCUGUUAAGGCAAGAAAGCCUUAAGCAUAAAAAAAAAUUCUGUCUUGAAUAUAUGUGUUGUUUACAUAUAUGCAUAUAUGUAUUCACACACCAGUGCUUUUAAAGGAAAACCAAACUUUUUUGUUUGUUUUGCUUUAUGCAGGUUUUUUUAAAAAAGGCUUUAAAGCCCCAUAUACAGCAGGGUAGAUAGUAGCCCAUUGAUUGUAUUUUGUUUUAGUAAAAAUAUUUAAUUUUUAAAUUAUCUAAUUUAUCUAAUUUGUAUUUAUUUGUUUUGUUUAAUAUGUUGUAAUUAACAAUUUCAUUCAUGGACUUACCCUAGAAAAGGUUAAGCUCUUGAAAACAAAAAGUGACAUUGCCUUGACAGGUUUCUCUUUGCCAAAAAUAAUGUGUUUUCUACCAAGAAGCAAAUGAGAAUGUUAAACCAAGUUUCUCCUAGGUUUAUGGAAGACAAGUAUGUCUGUCUUUAUUUAAAGAAUUUUGAGUCAGGAGUUUGCAGUGUGUCACAUCAUAUUGUUUUGUAGAACUUUUAAAAAAUGAUGUUACAUAACUUUUAAGUCUGACUUCUUAAUUUCAAAAUACAGGGAGUCCUCGUUUGCCAAUUUGGGAAGGAAGGUGGGGUUGCUGUUGAAAUGUUAAAAGUUUAACCUUUUGAAAGAUUGCCAUCUAGUGGCCGCAUAGGGUACUUGUGUGAUUAUUUUUAUAGAGAUAGGCAGUCCUGCUGCGUUAGUCUCAUGUAUGUGCAAGAUAGAUAUGGCACAAUUUUGGCCUCAACAAACGUCGAAAUACCUCUUUUGGGAAAAACAGGGCCACCUUAUAAUAUUUUCCUAGGAAUGGGAUAACCUUCAAAAUGAGGAAUUAAUCUGAUUCUUUAUUCCCAGUGACAAAACUCCUAACAGCUCUGAAGUCAGAGAAACAGCAGGAAGGAAUCUGGUGGCAUUUUAGCUUCUGUAGCCUAGUGAAUCAGAUACUAGAAACUUAUUCAAUCAAAAUUGCUUUGUAUGGAUGAUUAUCAUGUUUUUUAAGAGUUAAAAAAUUAUUUGCUAUUUUCUCACUCUUGCCAGCAUUUAUAAAUAUCUACAUUUUGAUAGUUAUCUACUGAAUUGACGGAGAACUAAGGGUCACAGUUUUGGCUCCUGUAUGCUUAAGUUUGUAAAGCACAGCUAUUCACUGAAUGUAGAUGGUGUGGCACAUUGGUUUGUAGGGAGAAGAUUACAGGAGGCUCAGUCCAGCAUAAUGGGGGCUAGGACAUUUUCACAGGAGGCUUUUGGUUGCUAAUAGGCAGGGAGAGGGAAAGUCAGUUGCUGAAGUCCCACGUUUCAGUCUAGAAACUGGUCAGUUGUGGAUGUGGUAUGUGGUGGACAGACCUGGGGCAGGAACAGUUUCUUCCUGUUAAGUUUCUGGAGGAGAGCUUCUAUUCUUAGGCUGUAGGUAAGUCUUAGCUAUAUCAUGGAAAUGGAUUCCAUAAUGGUUCUGGAAUUGCAUUUCCCAAACUAUAUUCUGUGAGAUGCUCUGCAGAAAAGGGAAUUCAGUGAGCAGGCUUGGAAAAUGAUACAUGUGACUCUCCUGCUUGAGGACAACAAAGGAUUUGAGCGGUAGAGACUUUGACCAGUCCUUCUGUGAAAAAAAGAAAGUCAUCUGACUUUGUUUAAUCCUGCUUUGUCCAAAUUAAUUUAACUAUGGUUUUAAACUCACUAUCCUUUGGGACAAAGCACAUUUGGCCAAUACUAUUUUAAGAAAAUUAUUGUACCAGGUUGCCAAAAUUAUAGAGUAGUUAAGAAUAAAAUUAAGAUUUCCUUUUCCAUUAUCAGUUGUUAGAAUCUGGUUCAAAAUCAGAAUAAUUUCAUUUUAACUUGUAGACAGUCAUCUUGAGCGGAUGCCGGAUGAGUGGAAUUUGUAUGCCUGCAGUUUGUUUCUUGGCACCUUGAUUUUCUUAACCAGGUUAUAGUAUUUUGGGGGAGCAAAAUUUAUUCCUUUUUGUGUUGGAUGGAUAACUGAAAACCUUUAAACAAGAUUACUUGUAAAAUGGCCUAAGAGACUAGUGAUUAAUGCUUCCGGUUCUAUGGGUAAUGAGUCAACGUCACUGAUUCUUUAAAAAGUGUAGUCAGUGAACAGUUUCUAAAAACUUUUAUAUAGGACACCAUAUUUAGAUCUAAUUCUUAUUAUUCUUUAAUGUAGGAACAAACAACAUCCCAGAUUAACUAUAUUAGGAGGGAGGGAGGCAGACUAUUACAAAUCUGGGUUUUUGUUUUGAUCUACAAACUUUUGAGACACUUUUGUAACCUCUAGAGUUUGCAUUCCUCGAUACUAGCCAACUCUGAAGAGAAUCCAGGGGCCUAAGUUGUUCAGAAGUAACAGUAUUCUGGUAGGGAAUUGGCUAUAUGUAGUACAGGCAGUUCUCCUCUCGGCAAGUAAGCUUCCCUUGACAGUCACGUGCUCCUGGGCUCGCUUUCUCUUAUUCCCUAGCCAGUUUGUACUCAGGGAAUACAGAUUGACUUUUUAGGUGAGGCAUAACUGAGAAAAUAAUCACAGACAGCUGUAACAGGUUUUUUGACUAUUUGCAUUUUUUGUAAAUAUACAGUAUACUGAGUUAAUAUAAGCAAUGUACCUUUCAUUUAUAAAAUAUAAGAUCUUGGAAUAUGCCUACCAUAGACACUGCAUCUUUGUUCACUGGUUAAUAAUUUAAAUCCUGUUAAUGACUGAAAUCUUAGUAUCUAAAUGCUAGACAUGUUCACAGUUUUAUGUGUUUUUAUUUAUUUUUAAAGACUUCCACCUUUUCUUUCUGGCAUGUCUUUACCUGGUCAUUCUGUCACUCUGUGACUUUUUAAAUAGGGAGUGCAAUUUAUUUUAAUAAUAGUUCUCAGAGACUCGAUAAUAUUCUGGAUGAGGGAUAUGUGCAAUCUGUUAAGUCACAUCCUGUGUUGGGCCUCAUUUUUGUAACCUCUAAAGUGGGAGGGAUAGAUUAAAAGACCUCUGAGUUACCUUUGAGCUUUAAAGUCUGUCUUCUGCCUUUUCAUAUGAUUUGUGUUAGUGUCCACUUUUUAUACUAGUGUGAAUGGUCUGUGUUUGGUGAGCCAUUUUGAAGGUAUAUACUUGAAUAUUUUUCUAAAUACAGCUGCCCCCUGGAAUACAAAUGGCAAAAAUCUUCCAGAAACCAAACAUGUUAAGACAUCACAUGUACUUGCCGCAAAGCAAAAGAGACUCAUUUGGAGUGAUGGAAGUGUUCCAUACAUUUUAAUAGUGAUUUUUAGAUCCAGAGACCCUCCGUAUCCAUUAGCCUAUUUAACACGUUACAGUAACCUUGUGAGUCACCAUUUUCCAGACGAGAAAGCAGGACCAGAAAGCUCUUCACAAAGCUUUCAUGCCGCUCAAGUGUUCAGUGAUGACCACUGCGCUUUGUGUGCUCCCUUCCUCUGGGGGGGACAGUGUGAGUCACUGAAAUAGCUGAGUAGUUGAGUAGUAAAAACAAACAGAUUUAUUGCUUUCAGGUCUCAGAGUGACGUAAAGUAGUCUUAACUGAAUAUAUUUUAGUUUUAAUUAUUUGAACCAGUUGAUUGUACUAACUAGAUGUAAUUAUCGUUAAGUAUUUAUGAGUAGCAUAUUGAUUUAUGUGAAGAACUUCUAAGUUACUGAGGGUGCUUAAAAAAAUACUGAAGAAACUUUAGGAGACGAUUCUUCCUUUAAUUUUAUUUACACGACUCUUACUGCACAGUAGUUUUUAGCACUAGCCCCAACCCCUAUCUUAUCAUAGUUUUUGACUGUUAAUCUGAAUUAGGCUUAUCUAAAUUUAAUAUACAGAUUGAUAAUUUUUCAUUUUAUAUGCAUAUUAGGUAAGACACUAUUUUCAUAGAGUAUAUUUCUAUUUGCAGACUACCUAAUUAUUAUUGGCUUGACAUGGAGUCUUCCAAAUCUUAAAAAUAUUGGAAAUGUAAUUUAUGUUUGAGCUUUAAAAAUUAUGUAUUAUUUUAACAAGUUGCUGGCAUCCUGACUAGCCUUUCCUGUGUAUAAUUAUGAUGCAUUUGAUGCCACUGAACGGUAAUAACAUUAAAGAACAGGACCCACAGUCUAGACUACAUUGAGUUUUAAUUAAACUUUUUCAGCCAUAACCUGAUAAGAAUCAGGCUGAGUCCAGAAGUUACCAGACUGUGGGCCUGUAUUAAUUUAGUGAACAAAUGUUAAUGUUUACUGCCAGCCUUGCGUAGCAGUGCCCGUUUGCGGCCAUGACGGUGUGUGUGACUGUUGGUAACUGCUGUUUCCAUCGAAAGCAGUUCAGAUGCUAUGGAAGUAGCUCAUGAUUAUUUGGACAAGCAGGGUAGGUAAAUUUAAGUUACAUUUUAAAAAGUGCAAUUAAGGAAAUCCCAGAGUAGAGUGCACUUUCCAGGAAAAAAGUUAAGUAUUUGUAGAAUGUCCUAGCAUGACAACCUUUUUGAACAUACAUAGGAUUUUGACAAGGUUCAUACAGUGUGGUUUGUUUUUUUUUAAUUUGAGGUUUGCUGGUUUGUGUUGAUUUAAAGAUUUAAAAUUUCAGGGAAGGAAUAGGAAAAUUCUGGCCAAGGAGAAUUGCAUGGUUAAUUUUUUGCUGCUAAUUUAGGCAUGUAUUUUUCACAGUUAAAAGUCCUUUUUAAGUUUUGUUACAAAGAAAGGCCAUUUUCUAGGCAUAAUGUUUUCCUGAAGUGGAAAAGAGAAACACAUCCACUAAAAAAAAACAAAAACACCUUAUUAAUUAAUUGUGCCUUCUCAAAUUAUAGGAAUAAUAAUUAGUCAAAAACUUGUUUGAACUGUAUUUUUUUCCUAAUUCCUCUCAUUUUCCCUUAAAUCUGUGCGCCACAUUGUUUGCUUUUGCCUCUUUGUCUUCGGGUUCCUUUGGCCAGACCUCCCCAUCAUUGUCAGAAGUUGUUCACUAGAUGUGUUUUUUAUUUCUUUUAUGUUGCUUUACUUUUUGAGUAAGUCGCCUUGGUGAAAGUUUGGCUGCCUGUUUUUAAAAUGAAUGCAGUGAAUAGCAGUCUUUUUAUUUCAAACCUUUAAAAAGUUUGUGAAGAAAAUAAAUAAUGGAGAGCAAAGAACAAAAUCUGAUUUGGAAUCUGAUUCUCAGUUUGGCUGCUGUGGUAGCAGCAAGUCAUAUUAACCUCAUUUAGUUUUUUAAUCUACAAAAUGUGGAUAAUAACCUACCUCACAGUUGUGUGUGAGAAACUGUUCGAAGGCCCUUGUUUAAAUAUAGGGUUUCUCAUCGUAUUUAAUGUAAAUCCCUUCCUUUUUUUUUUUAAUAGGUAUCUUUGAUACUGAUAGGAUGAGUAUCUUGAUUUUAGGUAAGUCUUACGUGGUAAGAAUGUAGUGGUAAAAUGUUUAAGACCACAGUUUAACAAAUUAUGGUAUUAUUCUAAGUGAGUUUUAAAAUUUCUUGAAAAUAUCUAAUAUUCAAAUAUCAAAUUUGUCUUUUGUUGCAGCAAAUAUUCAGAAAUUUUAAGAUGUUGGUUGAAGCUGCCUUAAUGUACCAAAAUACAUCUUUCUCUUAAGACUGUUCACAGAAAUCUAUUGGUUGUACAGUGUUUUGAGCGUCUGAUGUAAAAUUGUCCUAGAACUGUGAGCCCUGAGCACAGUAGUAUUUUAGCAAGGAUGCUUGUGUUCUGUAUCAUGCGUGCUUAAAUAUACAGUGACUUUUGAUUGCAGCAAACAAAACUGAAAGUUGAUAGCCAUUAGGUUAUGUCCAUGACACUCAAGAAAAUGUAAGACUGGGUAUUAAUUGUUCAAGAAUUUUCAAGAACAUUUUGCAUUCAUUCUUUCCUAGCCCAUCUUUGAAAAAAGAAUUCCAUAGGCUGAUACAUUUACCUACUGAAGCAUUUGGUAACAGCUAUUAAAAUAAUUUAACUGUUGAAAUUGAAAUCAUUUUUAUAACUUGUUUCAGGAAGUUAAAAAAAAAAAGAGCAGACUCCUAGUGCUUUUGUGUUUUAAUAACCACAGAUUCAAAUUUCAGUUUUGUUUGUUACAUAUUUUCUGUGAGUGUUAAAUGAUCAGUGAGAAGGCUUGUCUUCCAGUAACUAUGUGGUAAAGAUGUCUUCUUGAAUUACAUAGCGUUUCAGUUAUAGGUUCUCCCUAGUUAAUAUUUGCACUCUACAAACUCAUAGGUAACAAACACAGAAGAGAAAAGCAGCUUGUCUGAUUGCUUCUAAGCUUUUUUUUUCUCACAAAAUCAAAUUAAAAUCUCUGGUUACUUUGAAA